AUGGCUGUAUCGAAGUCAACAAAUACGUACAAUCGACAAAAUUGGGAAGAUUCGGACUUCCCAAUUUUAUGUCAGACGUGUCUUGGAGAUAACCCCUAUAUUCGUAUGACUAAAGAAAAGUAUGGUAAGGAAUGCAAAAUAUGUUGCCGUCCCUUUACUGUGUUCCGUUGGUGUCCAGGCUCAAGGAUGCGUUUCAAGAAAACCGAAAUCUGCCAAACAUGCUCAAAGCUGAAGAAUGUUUGUCAAACUUGCCUUUUGGAUUUGGAAUAUGGAUUGCCUAUACAAGUGAGGGAUGCAGCUCUCAAGAUUCAGGAUGAUUUGCCGCGGAAUGAAGUUAACAAAGAAUAUUACAUCCAGAACCUUGACAGUCAAAUGUCGAAAUUUGAUCCAACACAACCUAGUAACUCUGCAUUGAAAUCAAAGGGUGCUUCAGAUUUGCUGCUGCGAUUAGCAAGGACUGCGCCAUAUUAUAAAAGAAAUAGACCACAUGUUUGUUCGUUUUGGGUGAAAGGGGAAUGUAGGAGAGGAGAAGAGUGUCCUUACCGCCAUGAGAAGCCAACUGAUCCUGAUGAUCCACUUGCUGAUCAAAACAUUAAGGACAGAUACUAUGGAGUGAAUGAUCCUGUGGCUGAAAAACUAAUGCGUCGCGCUGCGGCAAUGCCUGCAUUACCGCCGCCCGAGGACAGGACAGUUACAACAUUGUACAUUGGGAACCUACCGGAAAAUAUCACGGAGGAUGAGCUUAAGGGUCAUUUCUAUCAAUAUGGAGAAAUAAGGUGUUUAACCCUAGUCCCGAGAGCUCAGUGUGCAUUUGUUCAGUACACCACAAGGAAUGCAGCGGAACAUGCAGCAGAAAAGACCUUCAACAGACUUGUCAUUGGAGGCAAAAGACUUACAAUCAAGUGGGGUAAAUCCCAAGGCCGUCAAGGAGCCAAUGAAAAGAAUGAAGUGGCACCCGAAUUGGAGCCCGUGCCUGGACUGCCUGGUACACUACCACCUCCACCACCUGCCUUCUUGCAUCCAUUCCCACCACAGAUGCCGCCUCCACCGAGCCGCCCGAACGACUUCUUCAACUUGCAGCAUUACACUGGACCCGGGUGGGGGUGGGCCGCACCAGCCCCUCCAGGGAUGCACUACCCAAGCCAGGACCCGGCCCGUCUGGGGGCCCACGCGCAUGCAAACGCUCCGCAAACA